AUGAACUGUGAAUUCCAUAUUGAAAAACAAUAUUCUUAUAUUUGUUUAUAAGAAGGAUGUAAAACAAGGCUUAUUUGUGAAUUAUGUUAACAUUCAUCAACUCACUUUUUAGUAUCAUUUGAAUUCUAAAAUAGAUUCCUUUAUAAGAUUUAAAUAAAAAAAUAACAAUAUUGCAGCCUAGAUGGGCAGAAUCCAAGAUUAAACCUGUUCUAGAGUUUCUCAAAUAAAAUAGUCAAAACGAAAUAAAUACUUUUGAAAUUGAAUAACAGUUGCAAUAUAUAUUUGAUACAUUUUUAGGAGAAAUUACAUUUAAAUUGAGAGAAGUCUAGAAUUAUUUAAUUGAAGAACUGAAAAUAUUAUCCCAUAAUGCUCUUAAAAAUGUUGAAUACUUAAGGUAAAAAGUUGAUUUGGUAUACAAUCUAGAAGAAUUAGGUUUGGCUUUAUAAAAAUACUAAACUGGCAUUUACUCUAAGGAAUCAUUUGAUUAAAUAAUAAAGGAUUAUUCAAUUAAAAUAUCAGGUAAUUCUGAAAUUUAGAAUAUAUACACAUAUAUUACUAAUGAUGGAACAAAUCAUAAUUAUUUAGAUUUAAUCUAAAUAGAUUUAUAGGGUUUUCACUAAUUUAAAAGUAGAAUUUUAAGUCAUUUAGUAAGAUUAAAGGAUUUUGAUACAUAUUUACCAUCUAAAUAUUCUUAAUUACCUUUUAAAAAUAAUGCAACUUUUAGUUGGAAUAUUGUUCCAAGUUAAGAAAAUCAUUCAUUUAAUAUAUAAAAUAUUCAUAAAAAUAUGAUAGUUGAUGAGAUAUUUUAAUCAAAAAGUAAGAUUAUUUGUGUAUUGAAUUAAAAUUAGAUUGUAUAAUAUAAUCACAAUUUUAAAUUUAUUGGAAUUCUUCAUUAAUGUUUAUAAAAUGAUUUUUAUUUAGCAUAUCAUAUUGAUUCUGAUUUGUAGUUAAUAUCUAAAUGGUAGCAACCAACAUUUAUAGAUAUGUACUCAAAUUUUAAAAAAAUUAAAACUAUACAAAAUGCAUCAAUAAAUCCCAUAUAAUAAAUACAAUUUAUAAAUAAAUAUAAUUUAUAUAGUAAAGGAUAUGAAACUUGUGUAUUAACACUUGAUAGCAAAGGAAUUUUAAAAGUAAAUCCUCUUUCUAAUAAUUAUCUUUAUGAUUUUACUUAUGGAUCAGGUAUAUAGUAGGUUAAAAUAUUACCAGAAUCAAAAAAUGCUCUUAAAUUUUCAACUAGUCCUAGCCAUGAUUCAAUAUUUGAUCUACUAUUAUGUUCUUAUUAAAAGAAUUAAAUAAAAUUAGCCAUAAGAAGUUUAUUUUAACCUUAACCUUUAUCAAGGAUAUGGGAUGAUGAAACUUUAUCACAUAAACUUGGACUUACAGAACAUUGUUAAGUUCAUUUUACAACAUUUAAAUUGAGUCAUUAAGAGAAAAGCUAUUUAAAAUCUAAAAAGGAUGUUGAAGGAAUAGAUUAUGUAGUUGUAACUUUAUUAAAUAAUUAUGUAACUCUUUGGAAUUGGAAAACAGGCAAUUCAUUAAAAAUAAUUGAUGUAUCUGAAAGUUAUGGAUUAAGAACUUUUCCAUCGUUUAUUGGAGGUAUUUUUCUAACUGUAAUUGUUCUUAUUGGAUUAGAUGGCACAAUUUAUUGGAUUAAUUGGACUCAAAAUAAAAUAAUGACAUGUAAACUCAAAAUAGGAAAUGAUUUAUAAAUUCAUGAGGUAAUUUUGUUAUUUAUACAUAGAUGUCUUAAUGUUUUUAUAAUUAGAGUUAAUCUUAAUUUAUAGUUGCUUUAAGAUAAUAAACUAAAACCUUUAUGACUGUUGCCCAAUUAAUUUAUUAUUGA